GGUGCUGGAAGUGGGAGGACUGCUAUCAGCUUGGUUCCUGGUUGUGAGGCCUAGUGGACCUCGCUUGCCAAACAACCAUCAGUGUGACUUAAAUCAGGUUCCCAGAGUGAGAGAGAGAAAAAGAUCCAUGUGCAAGUGACAUAUUAAGGGAUCAUGGACAUCGAAGCAUAUUUUGAAAGAAUCGGUUAUAAGAACUCUAGGAAGAAACUGGACUUGGAAACAUUAACUGAUAUUCUUCAGCACCAAAUCCGAACCAUUCCCUUUGAGAACCUUGACAUCCAUUGUGGGGAAGCCAUGGAAUUGGGCUUGGAGCCCAUUUUUGAUCAAGUUGUAAGGAAGAACCGUGGUGGGUGGUGUCUCCAGGUCAAUCAUCUUCUGUACUGGGCUCUGACCACAAUCGGUUUUGAGACCACAAUGUUAGGAGGGUAUGUUUACAGUACUCCAGCCAGCAAAUAUAGCAAGGCUAUGAUUCACCUUCUGCUGAAAGUGACUACUGAUGGCAGGAAUUACAUAGUAGAUGCUGGGUUUGGACGCUCUUACCAGAUGUGGCAGCCUCUGGAGUUAAUUUCUGGGAAGGAUCAGCCUCAGGUGCCUUGCAUCUUCCACUUGACAGAAGACAAAGGAAUCUGGUACUUGGACCAAAUCAGAAGAGACCAGUACAUUCCAAACCAAGAGUUUCUUAAUUCUGAUCUCCUAGAAAAGAAUAAAUACCGAAAAAUAUACUCCUUUACUCUUGAACCUCGAACAAUUGAAGAUUUUGAGUCUGUGAAUACAUACCUUCAGAUGUCUCCAACAUCUGUGUUUACAAACAAGUCAUUCUGUUCCUUGCAGACCUCUGAAGGGGUUCACUGUUUAGUGGGCUGCACCCUUACCUAUAGGAAAUUCAAUUUUAAGGACAACAUGGAUUUGAUAGAGUUUAAAAUACUGAAUGAGGAAGAAGUAGAAAAAGAGCUGAAAAAUAUAUUUAAUAUUUCCUUGGAGAGAAAGCUUGUGCCCAAACAUGGUGAUCAAUUUUUUACCAUUUAGUAUAAGGAGCAAAAAUGGUCCUCAGUAUUUCUUCAUGUACUGAAACUUUUUAUUAUAAAAAAUUUUAAUCAUAGAGACAAUAAAAUAGUAAAUGUCUGUAUCACCCAAUUUAUCAAUUAUCAGCUACCAUAUUUCCCCAAUACUCACACAUUAUACUGAGGAAAAUUUUACCCUUAAAAAUGUCAGCAUUUAACAUUACAAAGCUGUAGUCAUCAAGACAGUAUGGUACUGGCAAAAAAAAAAAAAAACAGACAC